GACCGAGCGCCUCGGAGCAGCAGAGUUUUCGCGCGGGGCGGGUGGCGGGUGUUGUCGUUGUCGCAGGUUUCGCGCGACCGAGAGGUGGAGCGUUUCCGCGGGAGAGCUUUGCUCGUGCACGGAGGACCGCGCGAAGAUGCCGCCGAAGAAGCGGGAGAAGGAUCUCGACGGACAGAAGGGACCACGUAUGGAUCAGAUUCAGGCCGAUCACGAGCUAUUUCUGCAGGCCUUCGAAAAACCAACACAGAUUUACCGGUUCCUCCGUACAAGAAAUCAAAUUUCACCAAUAUUUCUGUACAGAAAUUUAACGUAUAUGCGGCAACGUAUGUCCAGAAGUCAUAAAUCACGGCGAGGAUUUAAGGUUGACACAAUUCUGGAUAAGCUAUUAGCGAAAAAGAAACAAGAACAGAAUCUCGGUGUUCGCGGAUUCAUGACUCUAACGUUUCUAGGAUUUUACGACAAAAGAGUUGAGAUGUCGCAAGAUCCCGUUAAAGUGGAAACAUUGUUGUUGAAAAUCUGUCACAAGAAAAGGAAAGAUGUCAGCUCGCCUAUCAUGCAAGUUUCAGUCGGUACAAGCGAGGUCCCGAUCAACCCAUCCGAGAGUCAGCCUCCGCAGAAGGCACCCACGAUUUCCAUACCUAAUGAAUCUUUUAGCUUAAAUAAUGGUCACAUAGCGAAAACUUACAUGCUCUUGCUCAGGGUUUAUUGCAUGUCUAACAAUGGCUGCCUUAUAACUAACUGUGAUUUAGAAGAACCAGCUCAAAAACGUCGUAAAUCAUCCACGGGCUCGAUCAAGACCGCCGGUGAUGAAGUGAAACAAUACGGCUCGGAGCUCACCGUCUAUGAUAAACACAAUCGAUGUCUGUUGACGGAUGGCGAGUACGAAUUGGGUCUGCAAGAGGUACAGACUAACAUUAGGUCCAGUCCUAAGAAGCACAAUUCAUGGGAGACCGUAGUCGAUAUCAAGGACUGCGAACCAUUCGACAUAUUCAAGCAGGGACCGACGUUAAAGUUUCGGCUCAGCUGGACCACGGAGCCAAGCAACGGUUUAGUUGAUAGACCGAUGCCAAUACCUUCGAUACCGAACGGCGACAAUAAAGAAAAUCGAUCGGCCAAUGCUGGCUUCGAGCGUUCCUCUUCUGUAAAUCACAAUAAUAAUAGUAGCACAAACAAUAACAAUAACGCAACACUGCCAACGCCUAGUCCGCUGACACCCUCGUCGAGAAUGAGCGUUUCCAACGAGAAGGUGGACGCUAAUGCUAACGGAACUCAGCAAAUAGUUUAUCAAUUUUUGUACAACAAUAACAGCCGGCAACAGACGGAGGCCUGCGAAGACCUACACUGCCCCUGGUGCUCCUUGGAUUGUGGAAAACUGUACUCUCUAUUAAAGCACUUGAAACUGUGUCACUCGCGAUUCACAUUCACAUACGUGCCAAUUCCACAAGGUGCCCGAAUAGACGUAGCAAUAAAUGAAUGCUAUGAUGGUUCGUAUGCAGGUAGUCCUCACGAAUUAAUUUCACAACCGUCUAGUGUACCUUUUUCAAGGACAGGACCAACCAGGCGCACGAGCGUGACGAAUAUUUUGGUGUGUCGUCCAAAGAGAACAAAACCGAGCCUGUCCGAGUUUCUGGAGCUUGACGAGAACGAAUUCGAGAGCCAGAGACCCUAUAUCACAGGUCACAACAGGCUGUAUCAUCACACUGUAACAUGUCUGCCUAUAUACCCCAAAGAGAUGGAUAUCGAUUCUGAGGGUGAGAAUGAUCCCAAGUGGUUGCAAACAAAGACGAUGAUGAUGAUCGACGACUUUACGGACGUGAACGAGGGCGAGAAGGAGCUGAUGAAGAUGUGGAACCUGCAUGUGAUGAAGCACGGAUACGUAGGUGACUGCCAGAUACCACUAGCUUGCCAAAUGUUCUUAGAGAGUAAGGGAAAGGAGCUCCUCAUGAAGAACCUCUACCGCAACUUUGUGCUGCACAUGUGCAGUCUGUUCGACUUCGGUUUGAUCAGUCCGGUGAUACUGUACCAAACCAUACAAAAACUGCAGGAGAUCAUGAAGGAGGGCGGCGAGGAUGGAGAUGUGCGCAAGGUGUUGCAAAAGUCGCACGAGGCUCAGGUAGAGCACUGGAAAGCUGUGGGCGCGCAAUCGAUGCAACAUGACGCGUCCAAGGUCGGUGGUAACAAGAUCAGUUUUGGUAAUGACGGCUCGUCGAGCUCAUCGACAAACGCCAGACGGAAGACAACUGCCUCGUUGCCGUUAAACUCGCCCAGCUCGCAAAACGUCAAGAGCAUGCAUAGUAAUAUGCACAACGGUACAUAAGCAGCAUAAAGUGGCCAUGCCUCGUCGUCCUCGUCUAGCAGCAAGACUCAUUCACGAUAGUUCGAUGCGGAAUUCCAUUUAUCGGUAGAAGUUGUGCGGAUGCGAUCUCCUUCGACGUGGAACAAGAUCCCGGAACAAGAUUGCGUGAUCGUCCAACGUGCGGUGUAUCUGAUUAGAGUGAAAAUUGGAAUACCAUUGAGUGAUCUGUCGGCAAAUUGCACAAAAGUAAAAACUGUACAGUGCAAGUGACGCAGAGAGCAUAGCAGCGCGACGAUAAUAGACGCGAGCUGAACGAGAGAAUACCACCGACGAAAAUCAACGGCGAAAAUUGGUCCUGGACGCGAUACGCCGGCGGCGAGUAUCGUCGCCAGCUAGAAACCGUCCGCAAAUGGAGGUAGCUUUCAGUAUAGCUACUAACCCAUUGCUAACAAUAAGACCGAUCUCGCGCGUUUGUAAUGCAAAUUGUACUUUUUUUUCCUUCUUUUUUUGUACAGUAUUUGUUGCAAGUAAUAUAAAUAAGAUGCAAUUGAAAUUAUUAAAUGAACCGAAUGAUUAUCGUUCUAGUUAUAUUCGGUUUUCGAGAUUUAAUUUAAAGCUGUAAAUGAUUAUACGAAUAUAUAGACGAAUCAAGAAUAGAGAAAAAACGGGGGACAAGGAUACCCGGCGAACGACUCUAUCCUGUUCGUCUCUGUGUCGAUGACUACAAUCGCGAACAAUAAACGAACUAUGCCUCUUAUGAGCGUACAACUUUGAUCAUAUAUACGUUAUUUUUUUUCCUCUAGUCAGUGGCGUUUUAUUAUACUUGACCUUUUUUUAAAGCUUUUUUUAAAAUUUUUAUUUACAUCGUAUUUCCAAUGGAUUCUUUUCCGAUAUAAUCCUGCAAACGAUUCAUAAAACUUGCGACGUCACUAGUUUCUAAAGUAUUGCAGUAUCAUUUUGUCAUACGUUGUAGCAAACGAAAAACAAAGUAUCUUGGAAUUCUAAAAAUAAUUUACGUUUACACGAAAACGAAGUAUUUUACACAUCGACAAAUUCUCUUUUAUAUAACGAAUUGUGCAUACUUUAUAAAGUAGAUUGAUUAUAGUCGAACGUUAUAAAUUUUUUAUCGUUGAUUUUUUGAUGGGCUAGGGGGAGAAGAGUAAGGCAAAUGUGAUGAUAAAAUGCUGUUUGCAAUUUUCGAUAUUUCCGCGAUCGUGUAUUUAUAUACGUGUGUACAUGUAUAUACAUACAUAAAAGUAUAUUAAAAGAAAAAAAUUGUGAGGCUGUAAAUUAUACAUUUUUUACACAUCGAGAGAGACGGAUCGGUAGAGUAAAAGUGCCUUUUUACCAAACCAAGCGUAGAUCUGAAUCCGCAGAACGACGAUCGACGAUUUAGGAGAUAUGGAAUAAUUAUUCAUUUUAAAAGUCACGAAUUAAUUAAUAUUCUUGCUUCGGAUUAAUAAGAUUAAUCGACUUAUUAAUUUAUCUGACGAUCGUUGUUCUUUCGCGUGAUACACCUGGGCGGUUCAGAUCUCUAGUAUAUCAACUAGUAUACUAGAACUGUUAUGAAUUUUGCGUGUAACAUAUUACAAUCUCUACUGCCGCGGUCGUUCGAAGAAGCGCUUACAUUCCUUUAUAUAUACAUACUGUCUUCUUUACAUUGUAGGUAGUCUAAUAAAAUUUUUUUAUUCCUAGAACAUACGCCGCCGAUCAAAUGCCGGGGCAUUUUUAAGCUUAACGGAAUUAUCGUUCUCUUCGAUCGACUUUCAAUUCACUGUCCAAUAAUAUUAUCUAUAAUAGGUUGUGUAAAUAGGAAAGUAAACGAUGAAAUAAAAUUGUGGACGUGAGAAAUCUAUAUCACAUAGCUGUCAUUUUCAUGAACAAUCUGAUGUCUUAUUGUCUUCUUAUUAAUCCUUAAAUUACAGUUUUUAAUCGAAGGAUUAAAGGGAAGCGAAAUUUCUAGAUGACAUCCUAAGUUAAAACUUGUUUUUAGAAAUCGCGCAAAAUUUUUGUCGUUUAAUCAUUUCGUGCAUAUGUUGGCAAAAACAAUGUCAACGCGAGAACUUGUUUUAAGUAGACAAUUAUUUUUUACACAACUUAAUUGUGAUGCUAUAUAUUUCACUAGAUAUAAGUAUGCAUCUAUAAAAAAGAUUUUAAUUUCUUAAUCUGGCAACUUUGAGCUCUGUCUUUCUACUUGUAAUUCUGACGUGAAUAUUUUAUGUAAUAUAUAUGUUAUAUCGCGCGCGUUAUAUAUACUGUGUUACUCGCGUACCUUAUUAAGAACAUAAGCUGUUCGCUAUACAUAUGCAAUAGAUCUUAUAUUGUUUUGUAUCUUUAUUAAAACCAAAUGUUUGACUCUAUCAUAUUUGAAGUAGCGUGGGAAAUCUAUAUUAAUAUAAUCUACAGACCAAUUCGUUUUGUACUUUUCGAUGCAACGUAAAAAUUCCUCGUACAUCGGAGCGGUAGUAUCCAAAUCGGCGAUAGUAAAGACGUAUCGCUUCUCCAAUGCAACGUAAAUGGUUUUUUUCUUCUUCGUGUGUAAAAGUUUUGACAAUGUGCGGACGAAUCCAUCCGUGAUCUUGUCAUCGUAGAUUACUGCAAAAACAAGAAAAAUAAGAUAUCACUAUCAUUCCAUACCAUUAUAAUACCAUUAUCAUUCCUCUUAUCUCUAUAUCUUUUACAUUUGUUAUCACAAAAUAUAGAAUUAUUAAAUUUACCAUCCGCAGCCAA